AUUCUUGGUUAUUAAACGUCGUUCAUCGCCGUGUGUUUUUGAAUAACACAUCAAAAUGGCAAUCAAGCCCGUAUACAGGCCGACUCUCGUCAAAAAGAGGACGAAAAGAUGUAUCCGCCAUCAAUCGGAUCGAUAUGACAAACUUAAACGUAACUGGCGCAAGCCCAGAGGUAUUGACAACAGAGUGCGUAGGCGUUUCAAGGGCCAGUAUCUUAUGCCCAGCAUUGGUUACGGUUCAAACAAGAAAACACGUCACAUGUUACCCAAUGGUUUCAAAAAGGUACUAGUACACAAUGUUAAGGAGCUGGAAAUCCUGAUGAUGCAAAACAGGAAGUACUGUCACAAAGUCUCUUCAAAGAAGCAGAAGUUGAUCGUAGAGCGCGCACAGCAGCUUAGAGUCAGACUUACUAAUGCAGCCGCAAGACUUCGUACCCAAGAGAAUGAAUAA